AUGACACAGUUCAAACACUUACAACUUCUUCUCUGGAAGAAUUUUCUCCUAAAGAAGCGGAAGCCUCUGAUUACAGUUCUUGAGGUCUUGAUGCCAUUACUAUUUUCUACAAUUGUGAUGUGUCUUCGUUUCAAUAGUCUGCCAAGAGAAAUCCCUCCUUCUAAUUACCUGCCAACUGACGUCAGUGUGCUGCCAGGAUUCUUCUACCAUUACCCUUUGAAACGUAGAUUUCAACUUGUUUACAUCCCUUCAAAAAGUGAAAGUCUGAAGAAUAUCACUGAAAUGGUGGAGGAGAGCUUUGAUGUUCAUUUUGAAGUUCUAGGAUAUGAUUCAGAUACUGCCUUUGAAAGUUACAUAAUUAAUGAUCCCAAUGCUUUCUACACAUUGGCUGGAAUUACUUUUCAUCAUAUGUUCAAUGACAGCAAGGAUCCCUUGCCCCUCUCGGUCCGGUAUUCCUUGCGCUUCAGCAACAUCAUGAGGAAUUUUCUGUACCUGAAGGCAAUAGCCCCCCAAGAUCAUGUGGGAGGCUGGAGCACAUCCUUUCUUUAUCCUCCUCACCCAGGACAAGAACCCCGGGAGUACGCAUUUAAUGACGGCGGAAGUCCUGGAUACCACAAAGAAGGCUUCCUAGCCAUACAGCAUGCAUUGGAUAAAGCCAUCAUGUGGCACCACGCUAAAGAUGCGAUGACCAACAUGUUUUCAAAAGUCAGUGUGCUCAUCAAAAGGUUCCCCCAUGGGUCUUACAUCCAGGACAACUUCUUCCUGGUCCUGCAGAACGAGUUCCCACCACUCCUCAUGCUCAGCUUUAUCUGCAUUGAACUCACCAUCAUCAACUCCAUCUCCCUGGAGAAAGAGAGGAAGCUGAAGGAGUACAUGAGUAUGAUGGGGCUGCGCAGACGGCUGCACUGGGUUGCUUGGUUCAUCAUGUUCUUCAUUUCCAUCUUCACUGCUGUUUCUUUCAUGACAGUGUUCUUCUGCACAAAGAUGCCUGACGUGGCCGUGUUCAACAACAGUGACCCUACGUUGAUAUUUAUUUUUCUAAUGCUUUUUGCCACUGCCACACUUUUCUUUGCUUUCAUGGCCAGCACGUUCUUCACAAAAGCCCACGUUGCAACGGCUGCAGGAGGCAUCAUCUUCUUCUUCACCUACCUGCCGUACCUGUACAUUACUUUCAGCUACACCCAGAGAAGCCACCUCCAAAAGGUCAUCUCUUGUCUCUUCUCAAACGUCGCCAUGGCCCUGGGGAUCCGAUUCAUAUCCUUAUCAGAGGCCAAAGGUGAAGGCAUUCAGUGGAGGAACCUCGGCAGCGUCAACGCCGACUUCAACUUCACUCAUGUGCUGCUGUUGCUACUGCUGGACACCUUCCUGUAUGGCCUGGUAGCCUGGUACCUGGAGUCCGUCUUCCCAGGGCAGUAUGGCACAGCCAAGCCCUGGUACUUCCUUGUCAUGGGUGUCCACACCACACACCGCGCUGGACAACGGGACUCCAUGGAGUCAGGCUGGCCCUUGGAGGAGGUCUCUGGGAGUCCACACUGGGACAGGGGCAGCGUCACUGACCCCACCCCCAGAGUCCCCCCUGUGUUUCAGACAGGAAGGAACCGGAGCACUGCGGUCAAGGACCUGACGAUGAAUCUGUACAGGGGGCAGAUCACUGUGCUCUUGGGACAUAAUGGAGCAGGGAAGAGCACCACCUGCUCUGUGCUCACAGGUCUCAUGCCUGCUUCAAGCGGAAAGGUUUAUCUCAACGGCUAUGAAAUCUCAGAUGAUGUAGAUGAAGCUCGAAAGAGCCUGGGCUGGUGCCCCCAGCACGACAUCCUGUUUGAUGACCUAACAGUGUCCGAGCACCUGCUCUUCUAUGCUCAGCUGAAAGGCCUGUCACUACAGAAGUGCUGGGAGGAAGUCAGGCAGAUGUUACGCAUCCUGGACCUGGAGGAGAAACAGUCCUCCCUAAGCAAGUUCCUCAGCGGGGGCAUGAGGCGCAAGCUGUCCAUCGGCAUUGCUCUGAUCGCAGGCUCCAAGGUGCUAAUGCUGGACGAGCCCACUUCGGGCAUGGACGCCAUCUCCCGGAGGGCCAUCUGGGAUGUGCUCCAGCAGCAGAAGAAUGACCGCACCAUCCUGCUGACCACCCAUUUCAUGGACGAGGCUGACCUGCUAGGGGACCGCAUUGCCAUCAUGGCCAAGGGGGAGCUGCAGUGCUGUGGGUCCUCACUCUUCCUCAAGCAGAAAUACGGUGCCGGAUACUACAUGACUCUAGUGAGGAUGCCUCACUGUGAUACAGAGAAGGUCACCCAUCUGGUUUACCAACACAUUCCCAGCGCCAUCUUGGAGGCCAGCUUCGGAGAACUGACGUUCAUACUUCCGAAAAACAGCACCCACAGGUUUGAAGCUCUCUUUUCUGAGCUGGAGCUGAGGCAGGAGGAGCUGGGCAUCUCCAGUUUUGGGGCCUCUGUGACCACCAUGGAGGAGGUCUUUAUUCGGGUAAAUAAAUUGGUGGAAUCCAGCACAGACACCCACUUCAGCAAGCUUGCCACAACACAAUCACAGCUCCUGGUUAACAACAUUCCUGUGGACAAAAUUAAACAUUUCCACACAGAGCUCUUCUCAGGGCAGACUAGCUUGUGGAUGACGCCCAAUACCGGGUUCCAUCUUCUCUGCCAACAAUUCUAUGCCGUAUUCCUGAAAAGGAUGACCUAUUCUUGGCGCAACUGGAUGAUGCUGCUGUCUAUUAAGGUCCUGGUGCCGCUGGCGAUCGUUGUAUUCAGCCUCAUGUCCUUCAACCUCAAGACCCUGAGUCUGGAAAACGUCCCCCUGGAGGUGACUCUGCAAACGCAUGGCCAAACCAUUGUGCCGUUCUUCAUUUCUAAGGAUUCCAAACUGGGCUCACACCUCUCCGAAAGUUUUGCCGCAAUGCUGGUGGCCGAGUUACAGACCCCUCUGGAGGUGCAAGGUCCCAUAGAAGAGUUCCUACUGCUGAAGAAAGAGGAAGAGUCUGAGGGCUUUGACACGCGCUAUGUGGUGGCAGCCUCCAUUGAAGAUGUCAAAGGCCACACCUUCGUGACGGCUCUGUUCAACAACCAGGCCUUCCACUCCCCGGCCCUGGCCGUCACUCUGGUGGACAACUUUCUAUUUAAGCUGCUCUCUGGGGCCAAUGCUACCAUUACCCUCAUCAACCAUCCUCAACCGCAGAGUGCCAUGGAGGCCUCCGAGGACAUCCUCUACGAGGGUCUCAAGGUGCAUUACCUGGUUAUCAACCUGCUCUUUGGAAUAACUUUCCUGUCUAGCUCCUUCUCCAUAUUGACAGUGAAGGAGAACACCAACAAGGCCAAACACGUCCAGUUUGUCAGCGGCGUCCAUGUGGCGACCUUCUGGCUCCCCGCGCUGCUGUGGGACCUCCUCACCUUCCUGGUCCCCAGCCUGCUGCUGCUGAUGGCACUUGUACAUUACAAAGAAGAAGCCUUCACGCACGGAGAGAACUUCCUGGCCGCACUCCUGGUGCUAAUGCUCUACGGCUGGGCCAUCAUCCCCUUCAUCUACUUGAUCAGCUUCUGUUUCACCCAUGCCGGCAACGCGUUUGUGAAGCUAGUCAUCACACUCACCUUCCUGAGCAUCGGACCCUUCAUCCUCAUCUCCGUCACAAAUGAAAAAGAUCUGGGCUACAAAAGCAUCUCAAAGUCCUUGGAUGGUACCUUCCUAGUACUUCCGGGUCACUGCCUGGGAAUGGCAUUCUCCAACUUAUAUUACAACUUUGGAUUCCAGAAAUUUUGCAACACCAAGAAACUGAACAAAACCGAUUGCAUUGAAGCCUCAGAGGGAUAUGUGGUCCAAGAGAACAUCUAUGCCUGGGAGUCUCUGGGGAUAGGGAAGUAUGUGACCGCCCUGGCCAUCUCAGGACUGCUGUACCUCCUCCUGCUCUUCCUCGUUGAGACCAACACCUUGAAGAAGCUGAGAGCCAGGGUCUCCACCUCCUUCAGGAAGCAACAUCUGGAGGAGGUUCACAGCCUAGCAGUGGUGUCUGAAGACCAGAAUGUGGCAGAGGAGAAGAGGGUGAUCCAGCACUCAGACUGGAGAAAGCUGUGUGAGCUGAGCCCACUGGUAGUUAAAGAAAUCUCAAAGGUAUACUUCACGGACAUGCCCCUGCUGGCUGUGGACCGGGUCUCCUUCACUGUCCAAACAGAGGAGUGCUUUGGCCUUCUUGGCAUCAAUGGCGCUGGGAAAACAACCAUCUUCAAGAUGCUGACCGGAGAGGAGCUGACCACUUCUGGGGAUGCCUUUGUCCAGGGCUUCAGCAUCAACUCUGACCUCCGGAAGGUACAGCAGCGCAUCGGCUACUGCCCUCAGUUCGACGCCCUGCUGGACCACAUGACUGCGCGGGAGACGCUGGUCCUGUAUGCCCGGCUCCGAGGCAUCCCUGAGCGCCACAUUGGAGCCUGCGUGAGCCAAAUGCUGGAUGACUUAUUCUUGCACACGUUUGCUGACAAGCUGGUGUGUACCUACAGUGGCGGUAACAAGCGGAAGCUGAGUGCCGGCAUCGCCCUGAUUGGAGACCCUGCGGUCAUCUUUCUGGACGAGCCGUCCACCGGCAUGGACCCUGUGGCCCGGCGCCUGCUCUGGGACAUGGUGGCACGGGCCCGUGAGUCCGGCAAAGCCAUUCUCAUCACCUCCCACAGCAUGGAGGAGUGCGAAGCCCUGUGCACGCGGCUGGCCAUCAUGGUGCAGGGCCAGUUCAAGUGCCUGGGCAGCCCGCAGCACCUCAAGAGCAAGUUUGGCAGUGGCUACUCCCUGCGGGCCAAGGUCCGGGCCGAUGUGCAGAAGGUGGCGCUGGAGGAGUUCAAGGCCUUUGUGAACCUGACCUUUCCAGGCAGCGUCCUGGAGGAUGAACACCAGGGGAUGGUCCACUACCACCUGCCCAGUCAUGGCCUCAGCUGGGCAAAGGUGUUUGGGACCCUGGAGCGAGCCCGGGAGGAGUUUGCGCUGGAUGACUAUGCGGUCAGCCAGGUCUCCCUGGAGGACAUCUUCCUGAGCUUCGCCAGCCCUGUGCCCCACACCCAGGGGUCAGACAUGUGA